GUUAAAUAUGCAGUGUCAAAGUACAUUGACUCUUACAGAGUUAUUACUACAACAGUUGGAGUAAGAUACCGCCCAGUGUUGGUGAAAAAGUACGUUGUUAAAAGACGCAGUGUCAGACGUACUCUGGAAAGCUCCGCCCACCUACGACUCGUCUCAAACGGACCACACAUUUUCACGGCGCCAUUUUCUUCAUGUGGAAUGACUGCGGGAGCAUGCUGCUUAAAGCUAAACUUGGAGAUGUCCAAAAAUUUGUCAGAAUAACUGAGCCAAAUCUGAAAGACUUUUUGAUUGCAGCAUUUGCAAAGUUUGGUGUCCCAGCUGUAACAGAAGGUGUGAAAAUUGUUGACAGUUCAGGGACUGAAUUGGAUGAUGAUGUUUUUGAGGAUAUUAUAAAGGAUCCCUCAACUGGGGUGCUAACCAUCAAAUAUGACUCAGAAUCUGUCUCCAUGGUGGCCUCUUCUGAGCAAUCCCAACCAUCAUCCCUUGAUACCUUGGACUCUGAGGAUACAGUCAUUAUUUCAGAUAGCCCCUCCAGAAAACGCCAGAGGCUGGAUACAGAAGCCAAGCAAUUGGUGGAAUCAGCUCUUACCAACAAAACCGGUGGGGAACGUAUAAUAAAUGAAUACAACCGAACCAAGUCCUUGACGGAUGAAACAAGACGCAAAAUGGUGAACAUGCUGGCAGCUGACAUGACAGAAAUGAAUGGUACAUCUCCACCCAGACAGGUGAAAGAAAUGUAUGCCAAAGGAAUAGUGACCUUAUUCCCGUACCUCAGUGACCCAUUCUCUAAGAAUGGCUAUGAGCAUUAUUAUGAUGGCGAGAGUGGAACUGGGUACUUGGCCUGGAGGAUUAAAACUAUUCAGAGAGGCACCGCCAAAGACAGGCGAUCAUCAUUCGGAGAAUCAGCCAAAGGAUCAACUGGUGAAGACAUGUCUGGAGGACCGACUGUCAGACGAGAAUCCCAGUUUGUUCCAGAGACUGCCCUGACUGAUGAUGAGUGCAACAAAGCAAUCUCACUGAUGAAACAUUCUGCUGAUGCAGACACAAUCAAGAAGAAAAUGGAACUGACGUUUGUGUAUCGCCGCAAAAUGAUCCUCGACCCCCAGCAGUCAAGCAACAUACUGUCUGAGUUUCCACGUUUUAAAGACGUCAAAAGCUUGGUAAUUAUGUUAUUCCUAAAUGCUGAACAACUGGCUGGUAGAAUACAUGCUUUUGACUAUGGAUACAAUCAGCAGCGAAACCGUCCACCUAGAGUAAAGUUGUUUGAUGGAAGUAAUGAUUUGGGGUUGAAUGCUAUACAGUCUUGGUGCUUAUUACGUAAUAUGCCUUUGCUAUUUGGUGAUUUAAUACAGUCAGAUGACCAGCACUGGCAUCUUCUACUUUUGCUUCUACACAUUGUUAACAUUGUAUUUUCCCCAGUCCUUACAGAAGGCAUGACCAUUUACCUCAAACAUUUAAUCAUUGAUCAUCAUCAGCUCUUCAAGCAGUUGUUUCCUGCAAUCAAUCUCUUACCAAAGCAUCACUUCAUGAUUCAUUACCCUCGUAAUAUAAAAAAACAUCGGCCCAGUUCUGCACAUGUGGUGCAUGCGUUAUGAAGCUAAACAUAAUUUUUUUAAGAAGCAAUUAAAAAGCUUUAAAAAUGUAACAAAAACAUUAGCCAAAAAGCACCAAAGUUGUAUGGCAAUGUAUCGAGAGUCCUUUAGCAAGGAAAGAUUAACUUUAGGUUCGGGGAAGAUGGUAACACUUAGUGAGCUCAAAGAAGGUCCCGAGAUUGCUUUAAAAUGUGGGUCUGUAUUGUCUACCAGUGUGUUUUCUGCCAAGUGGAUCAAACAUCAUGGUACAGAGUACCGCCGUGACUUCAUUAUCUGUACUGAGGUAGCAUUUGAGAUGCCUGUAUUUUGUAAAAUCAAAAUUAUUGCUGUGAAAGAUGACUGUGUAUUGCUCUGUGGAAAACUGAUGGAAACAGUGUGUUUUGAUUACCAUUACUAUGCCUUUAAGGUCAGGAUGCAUCCAGACAGGGUUCAAAAGGUGAUCAACAUUACUGAACUGUGUUACUUUAAACCUUUUGAUGUUCAAAUGAAGUAUGGAACGACAGAUUCCUCCUUGUAUGUUGUUCCCUAUUGCCAUUUUAUGGAAACCUAAGGUCAAUGUUUUAAAAAAGGGAUUUGUAUUCUUAAUAUAUUUUAGCCUGACAUAGUUGAGCUGUUAAUAAAAAUUUGAAAUGCA